AUGCUCACUACUUCCUCUCUUUUUUUCUUUCUUUCUUUCUUUCUUUCUUUCUUUCUUUCUUACUUUCUUUCUUUCUUUCUUUCUUCCUUCCUUUCUUUCUUUCUUUCUUUCUUCCUUCCUCUCUUUCUUUCUUUCUUUCUUUCUUUCUUACUUUCUUUCUUUCUUUCUUUCUUUCUUUCUUUCUUUCUUUCUUUCUUCCUUUCUUCCUUCCUUUCUUUCUUCCUUCCUUUCUUUCUUCCUUCCUUUCUUUCUUUCUUUCUUACUUUCUUCCUUCCUUUCUUUCUUCCUUCCUUUCUUUCUUCCUUCUUUCUUUCUUCCUUCCUUUCUUUCUUUCUUACUUUCUUUCUUUUUUCUUCCUUCCUUUCUUUCUUUCUUCCUUCCUUUCUUUCUUUCUUCCUUCCUUUCUUUCUUCCUUCCUCUCUUUCUUUCUUUCUUUCUUUCUUUCUUUCUUUCUUCAUUCCAUUCUUUCUUCCUUCCUUUCUUUCUUCCUUCCUUUCUUUCUUUCUUACUUUGUUUCUUUCUUUCUUCCUACCUUUCUUUCUCCUUUCCUUUCUUUUUUCCUUCCUUACUUCUUUCUUUCUUUCUUCCUUCCUUUCUUUCUUCCUUCCUUUCUUUCUUCCUUCCUCUCUUUCUUUCUUUCUUUCUUUCUUUCUUUCUUACUUUCUUUCUUUCUUUCUUUCUUCCUUCCUUUUUUCCUUCCUUUCUUUCUUCCUUCCUUUCUUUCUUUCUUUCUUUCUUACUUUCUUUCUUUCUUCCUUCCUUCCUUUCUUUUUUUUCUUUCUUUCUUUCUUUCUUUCUUACUUUCUUUCUUUCUUUCUUUCUUACUUUCUUUCUUUCUUUCUUCCUUCCUUUCUUUCUUUCUUUCUUUCUUUCUUUCUUUCUUACUUUCUUUCUUUCUUUCUUUCUUUCUUUCUUUCUUCCUUCCUUUCUUUCUUUCUUUCUUCCUUCCUUUCUUUCUUUCUUCCUUUCUUUCUUUCUUUCUUUCUUUCUUUCUUUCUUUCUUCCUUCCUUCCUUCCUUUCUUUCUUCCUACCUUUCUUUCUUCCUUUCUUUCUUCCUUCCUUUCUUUCUUUCUUCCUUCCAUUCUUUCUUCCUUUCUUUCUUUCUUACUUUCUUUCUUUCUUUCUUCCUUACUUUCUUUCUUUCUUUCUUCCUUCCUUUCUUUCUUUCUUUCUUUCUUACUUUCUUUCUUUCUUUCUUCCUUCCUUUCUUUUUUUCUUUCUUCCUUCCUUUCUUUCUUUCUUUCUUACUUUCUUACUUUCUUUCUUUCUUCCUUUCUUUCUUCCUUCCUUUCUUUCUUUCUUACUUUCUUUCUUUCUUUCUUUCUUCCUUCCUUCCUUUCUUUCUUACUUCCUUCCUUUCUUACUUCCUUCCUUUCUUUCUUCCUUCCUUUCUUUCUUUCUUUCUUUCUUUCUUACUUUCUUACUUUCUUUCUUCCUUCCUUUCUUUAUUUCUUUCUUCCUUCCUUUCUUUCUUUCUUUCUUCCUUCCUUUCUCUCUUCCUUCCAUUCUUUCUUACUUCAUUUCUUUCUUCCUUCCUCUCUUUCUUUCUUUCUUUCUUUCUUUUUUUCUUUCUUUCUUCCUUCCUUUCUUCCUUCCUUUCUUUCUUCCUUCCUUUCUUUAUUCCUUUCUUUCUUUCUUUCUUUCUUUCUUUCCUUCCUUUCUUUCUUUCUUUCUUUCUUCCUUCCUUUCUUUCUUCCUUCCUUUCUUUCUUUCUUUCUUUCUUUCUUUCUUUCUUUCUUACUUUCUUACAUUCUUUCUUCCUUCCUUUCUUUCUUUCUUACUUUCUUUCUUUCUUUCUUUCUUACUUUCUUUCUUUCUUUCUUCCUUCCUUUCUUUCUUUCUUUCUUUCUUCCUUCCUUCCUUUCUUUCUUUCUUCCUUCCUUUCUUUCUUCCUUCCUUUCUUUCUUUCUUUCUUUCUUACUUUCUUACUUUCUUUCUUCCUUCCUUUCUUUCUUUCUUUCUUUCUUCCUUCCUUUCUUUCUUUCUUCCUUCCUUUCUUUCUUCCUUCCUUUCUUUCUUCCUUCCUCUCUUUCUUUCUUUCUUUCUUUCUUUCUUUCUUUCUUUCUUACUUUCUUUCUUUCUUACUUUCUUUCUUCCUUCCUUUCUUUCUUCCUUCCUUUCUUUCUUUCUUCCUUCCUUUCUUUCUUCUUUCCUUUCUUUCUUCCUUCCUUUCUUUCUUCCUUCCUUUCUUUCUUUCUUACUUUCUUUCUUUCUUCCUUCCUUUCUUUCUUUCUUUCUUCCUUCCUUUCUUUCUUUCUUUCUUUCUUUUCUUCUUUCUUUCUUUCUUUCUUUCUUUCUUCCUUUUUUUUCUUUCUUUCUUCCUUCCUUUCUUUCUUCUUUCUUUCUUUUCUUUCUUUUCUUUUUUUUUUCUUUUUUUUCUUUUUUUUUUUAUUCUACUUAGAUAUUUCAUUUCUGUUAUUCAUUGUAUUCCUUCUUUAUUUUGUACACCCUCUUCCUUUUUAUUUCUACCACUUUCUUUCUUUCUUUCUUUCUUUCUUUUUUUGUUGUUCUGUUUUGUCUUCUUCCUUAUUUCUUUCAUUUUUCUUGUAUUUUUUAUUUCUUUCCCCCAUUCUUUAUCAUUUUUCUGUAUAAUAACCACUUUUUUCUUUUUCGCCUUUCCCGUUUUAUUUCUACAUUUCUUUCUUUCUUUCUUUCUUUCUUUCUUUCUUUCUUUCUUUCUUUCUUUCUUUCUUUCUUUUUUUCUUCUAUUAUUUUUUCUUUCUCCCUUCUCUUCUUUUCUGUUUGUUGCUUUCGUUCUCUUCUAUUUUUUCCUUUCUUUCCUUACGUCCUUUUUAUUUAUUUCUCUUUAUUUCAAUAAUGUUUAUUUGUUUGUUUCUUUUAUUUGUUUUUAUUUGUUUUUUUUAAAAUUAUUUCUUCGAUCUCUUUGUUUGUACAACCAUUGCCUUUGUUGUCAUUCUUUUUUUCCCUUCUUUUUUAUCUUUUCCUCGUUCUUUCUUUCUUUUACUUCUUUCUUUCUUUUUUCUACUUUUCUUUUUAUUUCUUUCCUUUCAUUUUUCUCUCUGUAUCCAGAGUUUUUUCAACUUUCUUUUAUUUUUACUUUCUCUUGUUCUUCCGUUUUUUAUUUUUUCUCUCCAUUCGAUAUAUUUAGUUUUUUUUUCUUUAAUUUUACUUUGUCUUCAUCUGACAAUUCUUUCUUUCUUUCUUUCUUUCUUUCUUUUUUUUUUCUCUCCUUUCGAUAUAUUUAUUUUUUUUCUUUAAUUUUACUUUGUCUUUAUCUGACAAUUCUUUCUUUCUUUCUUUCUUUCUUUCUUUCUUUCUUUCUUUUUUUUUUCUCUCCUUUCGAUAUAUUUAGUUUUUUUUCUUUAAUUUUACUUUGUCUUCAUCUGACAAUUCUUUCUUUCUUUCUUUCUUUCUUUCUUUUUUUUUCUCUCCUUUCGAUAUAUUUAGUUUUUUCUUUAAUUUUACUUUGUCUUCAUCUGACAAUUCUUUCUUUCUUUCUUUCUUUUCUUUCUUUCUUUCUUUUUUUCUCUCCUUUCGAUAUAUUUAGUUUUUUCUUUAAUUUUACUUUUUUUUUUUCUUUAAUUUUACUUUGUCUUCAUCUGACAAUUCUUUCUUUCUUUCUUUCUUUCUUUCUUUCUUUCUUUAUUUUGUUUUUUUCUCCUUUCGAUAUAUUUAAUUUUUUUUCUUUAAUUUUACUUUGUCUUCAUCUGACAAUUCUUUCUUUCUUUCUUUCUUUCUUUCUUUCUUUCUUUCUUUCUUUAUUUAUUUAUUUUUUUUUCUCUCCUUUCGAUAUAUUUAGUUUUUUUUCUUUAAUUUUACUUUGUCUUCAUCUGACAAUUCUUUCUUUCUUUCUUUCUUUCUUUCUUUCUUUCUUCCUUUUUUUAUUUUUUCUCUCCAUUCGAUAUAUUUAUUUUUUUUCUUUAAUUUUACUUUGUCUUCAUCUGACAAUUCUUUCUUUCUUUCUUUCUUUAUUUUUUUUUUCUCUACAUUCGAUAUAUUUAUUUUUUUUCUAUAAUUUUACUUUGUCUUCAUCUGACAAUUCUUUCUUUCUUUCUUUCUUUCUUUCUUUCUUUCUUUAUUUAUUUAUUCAUUUAUUUUUUUUCUCUCCAUUCGAUAUAUUUAGUUUUUUUUCUUUAAUUUUACUUUGUCUUCAUCUGACAAUUCUUUCUUUCUUUCUUUCUUUCUUUCUUUAUUUUUUUUUCUCUCCUUUCGAUAUAUUUAAUUUUUUUUUCUUUAAUUUUACUUUUUUUUUCUUUAAUUUUACUUUGUCUUUAUCUGACAAUUCUUUCUUUCUUUCUUUCUUUCUUUCUUUCUUUAUUUUUUUUUUCUCUCCUUUCGAUUUAUUUAGUUUUUUUUCUUUAAUUUUACUUUGUCUUCAUCUGACAAUUCUUUCUUUCUUUCUUUCUUUAUUUAUUUUUUUUUUCUCUCCAUUCGAUAUAUUUAGUUGUUUUUCUUUAAUUUUACUUUGUCUUCAUCUGACAAUUCUUUCUUUCUUUCUUUCUUUCUUUAUUUUUUUUUCUCUCCUUUCGAUAUAUUUAUUUUUUUUCUUUAAUUUUACUUUGUCUUUAUCUGACAAUUCUUUCUUUCUUUCUUUCUUUCUUUCUUUCUUUCUUUUUUUUUUUCUCUCCUUUCGAUAUAUUUAUUUUUUUUCUUUAAUUUUACUUUGUCUUCAUCUGACAAUUCUUUUUUUUUUUUCUUUCUUUCUUUCUUUUUCUUUCUUUCUUUUCUUUCUUUCUUUCUUUUAUUUUUUUUUUUUUCUCCUUUCGAUAUAUUUAGUUUUUUUUUCUUUAAUUUUACUUUGUCUUCAUCUGACAAUUCUUUCUUUCUUUCUUUCUUUCUUUCUUUAUUUAUUUAUUUAUUUUUUUUCUCUCCAUUCGAUAUAUUUAGUUUUUUUCUUUAAUUUUACUUUGUCUUCAUCUGACAAUUCUUUCUUUCUUUCUUUCUUUCUUUCUUUUUUUUUUCUCUCCUUUCGAUAUAUUUUUUUUUUUUUUCUUUUUUUACUUUGUCUUCAUCUGACAAUUCUUUCUUUCUUUCUUUCUUUCUUUCUUUAUUUUUUUUUUUCUCUCCUUUCGAUAUAUUUAUUUUUUUCUUUAAUUUUACUUUGUCUUCAUCUGACAAUUCUUUUUUUCUUUCUUUCUUUCUUUCUUUUUUUUUUUUUUCUAUCCUUUCGAUAUAUUUAUUUUUAUUCUUUAAUUUUCAUCUGGCUUUGUUUUCAUUCUUUCAAUUCUUUCGAUUUUUUUUCUUUUUUUCUUUCUUUUUCUUUCUUUCUUUCUUUCUUUCUUUCUUUAUUUUUUUUUUCUCUCCAUUCGAUAUAUUUAGUUUUUUUUUUUAAUUUUACUUUGUCUUCAUCUGACAAUUCUUUCUUUCUUUCUUUCUUUCUUUAUUUUUUUUUUCUCCAUUCGAUAUAUUUAGUUUUUUUCUUUAAUUUUACUUUGUCUUCAUCUGACAAUUCUUUCUUUCUUUCUUUCUUUCUUUUUUUUUCUCUCCUUUCGAUAUAUUUAUUUUUUUUCUUUAAUUUUACUUUGUCUUCAUCUGACAAUUCUUUCUUUCUUUCUUUCUUUCUUUCUUUCUUUCUUUCUUUAUUUUUUUUUCUCUCCUUUCGAUAUAUUUAUUUUUUUUCUUUAAUUUUACUUUGUCUUCAUCUGACAAUUCUUUCUUUCUUUCUUUCUUUCUUUCUUUCUUUCUUUCUUUAUUUAUUUAUUUAUUUCUUUCUCUCUUUCUUUCUUUUCGUCCGUUAUUUUAACUUUUCCUUUUCUGUUUCUCAUUUACUUCUUCUUCUUUCUAUUUUUAUUUCUAUCUUUUUACUUUCCUAUUUCUUUUCUCCUCUUUUAUUUCCGUACGCAGUUCUUUUUCAAUUGCAUUCAUUCUUUUUUGGACAGUCGAUCAAUUCUCUCCCCCUCUUUUCUUUUUUUAUCGUUUUCUUUGUCAUAUUUUUUUAUACUUCUUUCUUUCUUUAUUUCUGUCAUUCUUUUUCUUUGUUUCUUUCUUUCUUUCUAUUAUUCAUUUCUCAUCUCUUUUCUUUUCUGUUUCCUUUGUUCUUUCUUUCUUUUCUAUCUUUCAUCUUUUUACUCAUUUUCUCUCUUUUAUUCUCUUCUUUUUUUCUUUCUGUUAUUCUUUUGCUUUCUUUCUUUCUGUUUUUUUUUCUUUCUUUGUUUCUGCUAUUCUUUUACUUUUACUUAUUCUUUCUAUCCUUUUUUUCUUUCUUUCUAUCAAUUUUCUUUCUUUCUGUCAUUUUUUCUUUCUUUCAUCCUUUCUUUUUCUUUCUUUCUUUUUUCUUUCUUUCUUUCUUUCUUUCUUUCUUUCUUUCUUUCUUUCUUUCUUUCUUUCCCACAAAUCUUUCAGCUAAUCAUCGACUUUUCUCACUCAAUUUCCAUCGCCUUCUUUCCUAUCAAAGCUGCUGCUUCCUCCGAUUAAUUCGAUUAGCUCUUUCUCUCUUGCCACGAGGCCUCAUUCAUUCAUCCGGUUUCGCGAAGAGAAAGCAAAACACUUUGAUUGCUCAUCUUUCUGCUUUCCUUGCCGCUGAGCAGUUUCUUUUUCCAACCCUCUGUCCUCCACCUUUUAGUCAAUUCUCUUCAUUCGUUCUGCUAGACUUUUCGUCUCGAUACGUAUUUUUUGCCAUCGUUCAUUGCUUGCACCGUUCACUCCUUCGCCGGUAA